AUGGCUCCGCACGCCGACGAGGCCCCCGCGGCCCGGAAUGGUGAAGAGAAUGUUCGGAACGUCCCCAAAGAGGGCGACUACCUCCAGCCGGAGGUCUUGCCCACCGGUGGCAACCUGAACCGUUGGUCGCACGUUCUCACCCGUGGCCAUGACUUUCCCGGUGCUCAGGCCAUGCUGUACGCUGCGGGUGUCCCCAAUAGGGACAUGAUGAAGAACGCGCCGCACGUCGGCAUUGCUACUGUCUGGUGGGAGGGUAACCCGUGCAACACGCACCUUCUCGAGUUGGGAAACAUUGUGAAGAAGUCGGUCGAGCAGCAAAAGAUGCUGGCUUGGCAGUAUAACACCAUUGGUGUUUCUGACGGCAUCACCAUGGGUGGCGAUGGCAUGAAGUUCUCUCUCCAGUCUCGUGAGAUUAUCGCCGACAGUAUCGAGACUGUCACCUGCGCCCAACGUCACGAUGCCAACAUCAGCAUCCCGGGCUGCGACAAGAACAUGCCGGGUGUUGUCAUGGCUGCCGCUCGCCACAACCGCCCGUUCGUCAUGAUCUACGGCGGCACUAUUCGCAAGGGCCACUCCAAGCUGCUCGACAGGGAGGUCAACAUUUCGACUUGCUACGAGGCGUCCGGUGCUUUCACCUACAACCGUCUGCAGGCGAAAUGCAAGAAGGCUUCUGGCGAAAACGCCACUCCCAGCGACGUCAUGGAGGACCUCGAGAGGCAUGCUUGCCCCGGCGCUGGUGCUUGCGGCGGAAUGUACACAGCCAACACCAUGGCCACCGCCAUCGAGGCCAUGGGUCUGACCCUGCCCGGCUCUUCAUCAUACCCCGCCACUUCGCCCGAGAAGCACCGUGAGUGCGAGCGCGCCGCCGGAGCCAUCCGCACUUGCAUGGAGAAGGACAUCCGCGCCCGCGACCUGAUGACUCGCCGCGCCUUUGAGAAUGCCCUGGUCCUCACCAUCGUUCUCGGCGGCAGCACCAAUGCAGUCCUCCACUUCUUAGCCAUGGCCAACUCAGCCGACGUCCCCCUCACGCUCGAGGACAUCGACCGCACCUCCAACCGCACCCCUUUCCUCGCCGAUCUCGCCCCCUCCGGCAAGCACUACAUGGAGGACCUCUACGGCAUCGGUGGCACCCCAGCCGUCCUCAAAAUGCUCAUCGCCAACGGCCUCAUCGACGGCUCGAUCCCCACCGUCACCGGCAAAACCCUAGCCGAGAACGUCCGCGACUGGCCGUCCCUCCCCGAAGGCCAGACCAUCCUCCGCCCGCUGUCCGAGCCGAUCAAGAAAACCGGCCACAUCCGCGUCCUCAAGGGCAACCUCUCCCCCGGCGGCGCCGUCGCCAAGAUCACUGGCAAGGAAGGUCUCUCCUUCACCGGUUCUGUUCUGGUGUUCAACAAGGAACAGGAACUCAGCGACGCCCUCGCCCGCGAAGCCAUCCGCCCCGACGCCGGCAACCUCGUCCUCAUCGUCCGCUACGAGGGUCCCAAGGGUGGCCCCGGCAUGCCGGAGCAGCUGAAAGCCAGCGCGGCCAUCAUGGGCGCCGGACUGAAGAACGUGGCGCUCGUCACUGACGGCCGCUACAGCGGGGCCAGCCACGGGUUCAUCGUUGGCCAUGUUGUUCCCGAGGCUGCGGUUGGCGGCCCCAUUGCUCUGGUGCAGGACGGCGACAUCGUUACUAUCGAUGCCGUUGCCAACCGGAUCGAUGUGGUUGAGAUUCCUGGGGCGGGUAAGGGGGCUGAGGCGGUUGAGAAGGAGUUUGCUCGUCGUAGGGGUGUGUGGACGGCGCCGAAGAUGAAGCCUAUGCGUGGUGUGCUGGCCAAGUAUGCUAGGCUUGUUGGGGAUGCUAGCCAUGGCGCUGUUACCGAUGUUGGUGGGUCGGCUUGGUAG